AGGAAAGAUCAUUUUUAUAAAAUACUGUCAUCUUGUCCUAAAAGGUCUUCACGUGUUUGCUACUCAUAGACUGUAUGUAGCUACAGUUGUCCAAAAGAAGAUAAAAUGAUAUCGUGUAGCUUUUCAGUGUGCAACAGUGUGCAAGACUUUGCUGGCUGUACGAAUUAAUCUUGUUGAAGUUUAUGUACUACGACAGUGUUUCGUACCCUUUCCUGAAGAAAGUUUCCCCCUGUCCUGCAUAAUUUAUUCUCUCCCUGCUUCAGCACAGCUGAUUGAAGCAGCUUCAGGAUUCACAACGAGUUGAUAGUUUGAAUCAGCUGUUUUGGAGCAGUGAGAUAUUUAACACGCUUUUAUUUAAACAGUUAAUAGACAUAAAGUCAAUUCUAUUCUUCUAUAUGCUUUAGCGUUAAGUAAUUGCCCUGCUAGUUUCCCGUUACAAUGUUGACUAACAAUCCCCUUAUGUCUACGUGAUUAAACUUUAUAAUGUUGUAUGCGUUGCGCUUUGGGGGCGUGGCUCUGCCGCAAAAGUGAAACAAUAGACCUAGAUAGAGCGACAUGUGCUCCCUUUAAGCCUCUAUUUCAACCGUAAAGUGUAAUACUUCCCAUACAACAGUAAACUAUUACUAAACUUCAUCGGAUAGUGGGACAAGUCCACGGUGGUGCCCGGAUGGACACGAGGCUGAAGAAAUUACCAAGUACCAACUAAGCUUCAUUAUUACCAAGAUUGUGUCCAGAUACUGCGACGCGCCCGCACUCGCGGUCCGCUCCGUUUCAACGGGGAACCAGUUACCAUCUUCCCGGACUACACGACAACUGUGACUAAAGCUCGGGCUGCAUUCACAGAGGUCACGUACAGAGGGGAGGACAGGGAGUUCACUGACCCGGACAAAGCGAUGACCUGUGUCAAGAACAAUAUUCUCACAGAAUGUACAUGAGACUGAUCAUCUCAACUGAACAUGAUGCCUCUGUCGACCUGCCGGUAUGGUGAACAUGUGUAUAUCAUUGUGCCAGUUGACAUCAGAUGUGGUACAAGUGAAACCUGGAGAUGAUGUCAUUCUGCCAUGUCAGGCUGGAGAUGUCUUCAUCAGAGCUGUAGAGUGGAGCAGACCUGACCUGGAGCCAGACUACGUCGUCUUUCACAGAGAUGGACUCUCAGAUCCAACCCACCAGCAUCCAUCCUUUAAGGACCGGGUGCAGCUGGUGGACAGAGAGCUGAAGGACGGAGACGUGUCUUUAAUUCUGAAGAACGUGAGCAGCAAUGACGCUGGAACAUACGAGUGUCGAGUUGCAGCAGGUGGAUCAAGACGUAAGAGAGCCAACAUUGAGACUGAGCCAAUCAGAAUCAUCCAGCUGGAGGUUUCAGGGUCCAACAGCGGCGACGUCGAGGAGGGAAACUACAGACAUUACUACGGACUGGGAGCAGCUUUUGUUCUGGUUUGUUUAGCUGCUGUUGGAUUGGCUGUUGGCUGGAAAUAUAAAAGACAUAAGGACAAGAAACCAGAACAGCCUGCUGCUGAAGAAGAGGUCAGCUUGUCACAGAUUCGUUCCACCUGAGCACAUGUAGGGAUGCAACGAUUACAGAUUGUUGGUACGAUUAUAGUCU